AUGGCAACAAAUGGAGCGGUACCCGAACUACCUGAGGCCGUGUCCAAGCCUCCCGAAGGAAUUGUUCUGCCACCCAAGGACAUUCGCGCUAUAGUUGAGAAGACAGCAGGAUACGUAGCUCGCAAUGGGCAUGUGUUCGAAGACCGUAUCCGCGAGAAGGAGAAGCACAACCCCAAAUUCUCUUUCCUGUCGCCAAACGAUGCAUACUCGGCGUUUUAUCUGUGGCGGCUAAACGAAGUGCGCGAAGGACGAGGCACGGCUGUCAGCGCUGGAAGGGCUGGAGAAGGCGCGCAGGCUGUUGUCGAAGAGAAAGCAAAAGGUCCAGCACCACCUCCGGAAUUUCAUUUUUCGGCACGGAUGCCCAAUAUAUCAGCGCAGGACUUGGAAAUCGUCAAGCUCACAGCUUUACAUGUAGCAAGGAAAGGCAGAUCAUGGAUGACAGCCCUAAGCCAGCGAGAGGCGAGGAACUUUCAAUUUGACUUUUUACGACCGCAACACUCCCUUUACCAGUUCUUCUCCCGCUUAGUAGACCAAUACACGCUCCUUCUUCAGACAGGGCCCGAAGGCCAAAAGGCAGAGCAGAAACGCAUUCAAGACCUGCAACAAAAUCUACAAGAUAAGUUUCGAAUAUUGGAGCGGGCAAAGCAACGGAGUGAGUGGGUCAAAUACCAAGAAGCACAAAAGCAGCAAAAAGAAGAGGAGGAGGAAGCAGAACGGCUGGCAUAUGCUCAGAUUGACUGGCAUGACUUCGUGGUUGUGGAAACUGUCCUUUUCACCGAAGCAGAUGACCAAGCCGACCUACCCCCCCCUACCUCACUCAACGAUCUUCAGAGCGCAAGUCUAGAGCAGAAAGCCAUGAUGAGUCUUGCCAGACCAGAUAUGCGUAUUGAAGAAGCUAUGCCAACAGACGACAUGACCAGCUACUAUGACCCAUACGCACAGCAAGCACAGACCCAGCCGUACAACCCUUCUCCGUCUCCGUAUCAACCACAACCACAGCUUCAACAAUAUGCCUCAACAAUGGACUAUACAGCCACACCUCCCCAGCCUGCAAUGUCACCGCAGCCGUCAUCUGUCUUCGCCUCGUCUGCCAACAAUAUCUCCCUUCCCACAAGACCAGACGCCACCCCUUCGCCUCGACCACCCUCAGUACCUCAACAGCCACCAGCUGUCGCUACCCCCGCUGCCGCUGCCAGCGCGAAUACCGCCGCUCCGAUGCGCAUCCGUUCAGACUACGUACCUCGAGCACAACAACGCACUAAAGCAAAUCCUGCAACUGCCUCCGCUAUUUGUCCAAACUGUGGGCAAUCGGUUCUUCUCUCUGAACUCGAUAAGCAUUUGCAGAUUGAGUUGCUGGAUCCGAGAUGGAAGGAGCAACGUGCGAAGGCAGACUCGAGAUUUGCGAGUACGAAUCUAGGUGGGACAGACGUGGCCGCUAACCUCAAACGGUUACGUGCUCGAACUGGUGGUGAUACGAGUGAUCCGCUUGCCGAAGCUGCUGCAAGGGUCUUGGAGAACCAAGAAGAGGAAGAAAGGAGAAAGAGAUUGAAAGGGAUGGAUGGCACUUAUGAUGCUCCAGGAACAACUAGCUAUCCGACGCCGACUGUAGAUCAACAGAAGAAGCAACCUGCUCAGGGGGCACAGAGUCAGAUGAGUGUACAGGAACAGAUCAAGAACAUCCACCAAAAGUUCAAAUCAUGA